AUUUUUAUUUAUUUAAUUAUUUAUUUAUUAUCAGUUGUUGAGGUUGGCGGCAUUGAGUGAUUCUGUACAAAGUUAGUUCUUUGAUAUCUUAAGCGUGGCUUGCAAUGUAGGGUAGUUGAUUGAAUGGAGAACGUCUGGUUGUGUUGUUUAUCUUCUGCAAUUUUGACGGGUUAAUAAUGGAGUAAUGAUCAUGACCAUACUACAAAGCUUAUAUUAUUUUUGUACUACCACAAAUAAAAGGGUGGGGACCACGAUGACAUGCAAUUUUUUGUUGAUAAUGUGGAUAGCACAAAAGUAGUAUGUAACUUAUAGUGCGAUCAUCAUUUUCCUUGAUAAUGUGGAUAGCUGGAAAGGAAAACUUCUCUCUGCUUUCUUUUUGGGAUUGAGUAGCUUUCGGCUGUUCAUUCAAGCAUAUGUUCCGUGCUUGGAUUGAAAACGUAAGAACUCGUUAUAUGUAUAUGAUGGGUAGUUUUCCGUGGAGAACUCCUUGGGGGUAGUUUCGGGAGAACGCCAUCGUAGGUUAUCCAGGGAUGACCGAUACCAAUCAUUUUGUUUGAUGCAUCCAAAUUGUCCAUGAAUGAGCGAUGAAGUGGUUUUGAAACUUCUCACUCUCAUAAGGUGGUUGAAAAAAAACACACACACAUGAUUUUAGCCAUAUUAAAAAGUUAUCACUUGAUGCAUUGAGUUUCCAUCUUUUAUUCUUAGACCAGUUUGGUUGAGCAGAUCAAGAACAAACAUAGUGAAUCGGAGUGGUUUGUUGGCCACAAAAUGUAAUAAUAACACAGAUCCGUGAAGAGAGAACAAAGAAAACAACCACAAAAAUGGAGAUUUAGCAAGGUUCAGCAUCAAUGUAAAGUUUUUGAUGUGCGGCAAAAGAAGCAUAAUUAAGGCUUCAUGUGGUGGAGCUUGAUGGAAGGAAGAGAUCAAGGGAAAGGAAAGGGAUUAUGCUAUCAAGACUAUUAGAAGACAACAAUUUACUCGGAUUUGGAUGCUACCAUUGCUGAUGAUGUCAGGACAAAGGAAAUACUAAUACAGAGGACGUUAAUGCUUACUUAUAGUUAAUAUUCACAUAGAUUUUUGGUUGUUGUUUGCAUGGCAGAAGUUUUUUUGGCUAUCUUUUCUCGGAUAUUUUGUUUCAGGCUGGAAUGUUUAUUCAUCCUAUGACAUAUGUUUUCAUUUAUGCAUUUUUCCAAGUUUUGGAGGCAUUACGUUUUGUAGCUACAUGUAGAUGGUUUAUUAAACCCUUAUUAACGAAAUGGCAGUGUUAUGCUCUCCCGUAUUCCCAAAAAUGGCAUGAGUAUGAUGGAAUUGUAGUAAUAAGGAUGAUGUAACCAAAACCUCUUUACCAGCAUGGAUGAGUGAUGAUUUCUUACUCCAAGUUCUUUUUCAAGCUACACACUAAGAUCUUUUAUGUGUGAAAAUAUUUCUUACAUUAUAUAAAAUAUCUAAGUGCGGUCAAAUAAUUUAUUAUUUUAAAUUAAACAUAUAUGAGAUUGAGUAUAGUAUGCACACGUGCCCAUCACGCUUUCUCUUAUGUAUGUCCAUUUUGUGUUUGUGUUAUAUAUAUUGUAUGUUUAUUUAUGAGACUCUCUUCCGUCCCAGUGUUAUAUUAUUAACUAUAGUGUAACAAAAAAUUCCAUUGUUGGUCCACUUAUUACUUAAUUAUAGUUUUAUAAGGAUUAAUUACAUACUAGUACCUUGAGGUAUGGUGUAACUACUUGUGCGUCCUUAAAGUCUACAUAUUUGUACGAAUGACCUUGGAAUUGUAAUUGUGAUAACAAAGGUGACCCUGGUGCCUAGACAACAAGCAACUCUUAGGGUUACUUGUGUAAAUACUAUCAAUAAUCUCAGGGACCCUUAUAAUACAAAGACUCGGUCACCGGUGUAAUUACAUCAAUUAAUCCUUUUAUAAGCCAUCACAAUGAUUUGAUAAUAAGAAAACUUUUUUCAUUAAAUACUAACAUUCAUCUUUAGCCAAACCUAGAUAGAAGAACCAAUCUUUCCAAUAUCAAUCUCAGAAAUCAGUAAGUCGUCUCAUACCCAAUUCUGCCUCUAUAUCCUAUCACCCAACCAUAUUCUUGCACACCUUUAACUAUAGCCUUCAAGCCUAAUGCAUCUAUCCUCCAAAUUAAACAAUUAGUAUUAUCACAUGGAAGAUGGUCCAAAAUAAGGAUAUAAGAUUUGGGAGGUUAGCAAAAGGCCAAUUUGGUUGAAAAUGUUACCAUUGUUCUUAAGCUUAGUAAGAAAUAUAGUGAAUAACAUAGUUAAUUCAUUUUUUCAGUUAUGUUAACUAAUAACAUCACAAAAUUAAAACUUUUCUUGUCUAUACCUACUCUGAUUUUAAUGCUUAAAAUGAUGGUUCAACAUGUUUGGAAAAUUACGAACUAGACAAAAUAACUUUAGUGUCAUCAUAAUUAGAGGAAACAGAAUUUAAUGCUAUCCUAAACUUAUAUAGAAACAAAUACUUGGAUUUAUUUUAUUAAAAGUGCUUGUAUAGGAUAUCUAAUUACUUAGUGUGAAAAACAAACCUUGUAGUAAUAAAUUCCAAGUUUCCAACUAUGAUUUUAGAUGUUGUAGUAAUAGUUCCCGCACUCCCUCAUAGUAUAUAUUUCCUUUUUCCUCACUUCUAUUGUGAUGUUGCACCAUAGUUAUUGUCGGGCAUAUGGGACGCUAUGGUGAUCUGUAACCUAGGUUCAUCCAUCACGGAACAAUGAACUUUAGCUAAUUGGAUCAUAGUGGAACAUGACCUAGUUCGCCAAAUUUCUGAGACCCGAUUUAGAAUUUAAACCAGUUAAAAUUUUUAUAAGAAAAACUUUUUAAGAGAGAAAAACAACAAAAAGCAUGAGAUAUUACGCAAAUAAACUAUGCAUGCCUUGAUUGUAACAUGAUUCUCGAGGUUCUUUUAUCACUAUUAAUAUCAAGUAAUAUAUUUCUUAAAUUUGUCUCUUAUUGUUAUAGAACCUAACGUUCCCAUAUUUAAAAACUGAACCUAAUGCAUGCCAUGUUUCUUGCAUACCAUAUAAACCCACCUUCUCAUCCUCGCAAAUAAGUGUCUUAUUAUGCUUCUAUUUCUAUCUCAUGAAUCAGAGAAUUAUUACGCUCAUGUUUCUAUCUGAUGAAUCGUACAACUAAGGAUGCACCAACUAACUAGGUUCUGGUGUUCAAGCAAAAUGUGUUCAAGCAAAACUGAACCUAAUAUUCCUAUACUUAAAAACUGAACCUAAAGCAUGUCACGUUUCUUGCAUACCAUAUAAGCUCACGUUAUUGUCCUUGCAAAUAAGUGGCUUAUUACACUCCUCUUAUCUCAUGAAUCAGAUAAGUAUUACACUCAUGUUUCUAUCUCAUGAAUUGUACAACUAUGGAUGCACCAACUAACUAGGUUCGGGUGUUCAAGCAAAACGCCAGUAGGAUUUUUGGUUCGAACUAGUCAGGAGCCAAUAGCGUCCAUGCGGAGUCUCAGGGUCCUUUCCUUCUGCUCUCUUCCAAUGCUAAAGUAUCUUCCUAGUGAAAUACAAUCGUGCAGUUUUUUCAGCAUAUGUUGUUAAGGUCAUCCUUACUUUCAUAUUCCUUACCUUAGGGAUAAUAACUGUGAAAUUGUCAUGGCUCUUCGCAUUUGUUAAUUAUCAUUCUUGUCUUGGUUACCUUGUAUUCUAUUUAUGCAUCGUUAUAUUGCGAGAUUAGCAUAGACCCCGAUGUCUUGGGUCUAUGGUCUUGCAAAAAGGUUACCCAAUUUUCUUGAUUAGUUUGCUCUCUUAGAGAGAUGUCUACAAUCUGACACAUCAUUUUGACCUUCUAGGUUACUCGAUAAAUUUCCUCACAUGCAUUUUUUAUUCUAAGGCCAUACUUAGACCCAUAUCAAUAUCCAAAGGAUUGUUCUCUUUCAAUUAUUGUUUCUUAUUUAUAUCCUUCGAGAAUCCUUUGCCUAUCCUAAUUGACAAUUGAAAGGGUAAAGUUGCAUGUCCUCUACUGAAUUCUGUGUGUUUGAGUUGUGAUGUGCUCAUGUACCCAUGGGUCUUUUCAUUGUUUGUCCAUUCUGUAUUACAUGCUUUAUUAGCAUUAAUGAACAAAUUUUCUCAAUAUAUUGUAAUGUUUUGGAUACUUAUUAACAUCUACUGAUUUAGAGUUGAAUUUUUUUGAAGCAAAAAAAAGGGUCAUAUUGCUAGUACAUAUUUGAAUGAUAAAUUUUUCCUUAAGGAUAAUGAAAUUCAUGUUAAGGCUUACAGGGUGAUUAUUGAUGAUAAACUUGUAACGGUUAUAACAUGACAAAUAUAUUUCCUACAAUUUCACCAUAACUUUGGAUUGUGGGCAAAGCUAAACUUUCAGCUCCAAGAUUCAAGUUCAACGUGCAUGUAUGAGUAUUAUAAUAAUUCAAAUAACAAAGGGUGCAAGUAAAAUUCAGCCAAAUGAAACCUCCUUCUGUUGGCAGCGAAACUUUUUGAUGGAAGCGGAUGUGUAACCAAAAAUAGCAUACGUGAAAAUCAACAGUCCCUUCUUGAGCUUCUCCCUUUCCGCCUCAUCCUAUUAAUUGGAAUCAAAAACAACAAACAAAAAUAAAAUGGGCUUUGCUAGAGUCAAGAUAAAAGAAACAAAAUCAAUAAUGGGUUUUCUAGAGGAUCUGAGAAACAGAAAAUUCAAAAUGAGUGUACCAAUAUGCAUUGUUCUUCCUUCUUCGUCGUCUUCUUAUAAUCAGCAUUCAUUGUUUCGCCGAAUUUUUUUAGGAAUAGUGCAGGAGAGCGAGGUUCAUUUAUGACAAACCCCUAUAGAUAUAGGGAUAAAUCACUAGGUUUUUUGUAAAAAGAAAUCCCAAUAAUACAGCAAUACUUCAUAUUUUACUUUUAACCCCCUAUAACUUACAAUAUUUAUUCCUUUAUUGUAACUUUGGUACAUUUAUAAGGGAUUAACCAGAAAACAUAAGGUUAAUAGUUUUUUCGAAGAAGAAAAAACCCCGAAAUUUUACAGCUAUACAAGUUGCUAGUUGUCUAUCUGAUUUUUUUUCUCCCAAUUGAUCCCCUAUUACUUGCAGUAUGUUGUUACCUUAGGGAUGAUUAUCUUUGUUACCCUGUAUUCUCUUUACGCGUCGUAUUGCUAGCUCAUCAUAUGCCCUGACUUGGGCCUUUCGUCUCGCAGAAGAGCUACCUAACUUUCUUGGUUAGUUUGCCCGCUUAGAGAUUUGUCAACGUGGUCAUUUUGAUCUUUCAGGUUAUUCGAAGAAUUUCCUCACAUGUAAUUCUGAUUCAGGGGUCAUACUUAGGCCCAUAUCAAUAUCCAAAGGAUUGUUCUCUUUCAAUUACCGUUUUCUACUUAAACUCUUCGAGAAUCAUCUUUUUCUAAUGCCGCCAGAUAAUUUGAAGGAUAAAGUUGCAUGCCCUGUCCUGAAUUUUGUUUGUUUCAACUGGGGAAUGCUCAUGGACCCAUGGAUCUUGUCAUUUUUUAUCCAUUCAGGAUUACAUGCUUUAUUAGCAUUAACGAACAAAUUUUCUCAAUCUAUCGCCAUAUUUUGGAUCCUUAUUAACAUCUACUGAUUUAGAGCUUUUUUUCAUUCCUAUUUGAAUGAUAAACUUUUCCUUAUGGAUAAUGGAAUUCAUGUUAAGACUUACAGCGGGGGGUUUUAAAUAAAUUUGUAAAUGUCAUAAGCAUAUUCCCUACGAUCUCACGACAACUUUGGAUUUUGGUAUACUGGCAGAUACUUUAGGUUGUUAGCAAAGCCAGUCUUUCAGCUCCAAAGUCCAAGUUCAGCGUGCAUGUAUUUAAGGUGUAAUAAAUCAAAUAUAUAAGUCAAUAGUUUAAAGUUUUACGAUUAUAUAUGUAGUUUAAAGAGAACCCUUACUAUAGAGGUUUUGGUGUAGUGACAAAGACAUCAACAAUAUCAUUUCAGUUUUUGUUAUUGUAUAAACUUUUGUUUUCUAUCACGCAUUUGUGUCGAGGAUAUCGGAGUUUGAUUGACUUUUUUGUUUGGCUGAAUUUGUGCUCCAGCAAUGAUGAUUUCCUUAUUAGAAAGCUUAUUGCAUUUCUUCUCUCCAUAGUCUUUGUUUGGCUAAGUAAUAUUUUUGUUAUUUAGAGUAUUGAUAUACCAUUUGUUAUUCAGUUGAACAAUGCAAGCUUCACAAUAGAAGCAAAACCUGUUAAUCAGCAUAAAUUUGUAACAGAAUGGUUCUUGAGACUUGCAUUUUCAUUUCCAAUUAAUCUAUUUUCUUUCAAUUCCUAUGGCUCAGAAACUAUAUGACUGUUUUCCUCGUUAAUCAUAUUGCAGAUAAGUGUAGUCAUUUUUAUCAUUUUCUUGUAGGUGAAGCACUCUUGAUUUUCUCUGUAAAUCAUGAAAGCUGCAAUUUUUUUAUAAGGAUAUGGUAAAAUACACAUGUUAUGUUAACUUAUUUACCUUAUUACAUGUCUCCUUGGGUUGAUUGUUUUCGACAUAUGAAAUUCAUUAUUUAAACUGUAAUUGAAAUGUCAUCUUCAGUUCAGAGAAUGCUCCAUCAAACUAAGUGUCAUUUUACUUUCUUGGUGUGCAGGAAGAGUUUGAUAUGUAUGAUGACAAUAUAGAAUUUUUUGACAUAAGUGUUGUCGAUUUAGAACAUCUUAGAAACUUACAACGCCUCAAGAAAAGAUCUAAAAUUGCGGAGAUUGUUGCAGUAAAAGACAUAAUAUUUGUGCUUUCUGAGUCCGGCCGUGGUGCUGCGUUUAGCCUACAAACCAAGGAGCAUUUAUGCUUCUUGAACACAAGUCCUGAUCAAGUUAUUAAAGGCAUAUUUUAUAAUAAGUGUAACGAGUCACUUAUCACAACAUGGAAACAAGCACCAGACCCAUGCAUGGAUUUGGCCCGGUUCCAGUUCAGAUCAUACAGAUGCAACUCAACGCCUAUGGAGUAUAUUGGGGGAAAUCAAUUGGAUCUUGGAUUUCCUCUUUUCGGGACAGAGGCAAAUCUGCAUAGCUACGUUGAGCUUGAUGAUAUAAAUGCAAAGGCACUAACUUAUGACGUCAGCCACCGCAUGUACAAGGUGUAUGAAUUGAAGAACUAUUCUCUUUUGUACUCUAUAUCUAAUUCUGACUUAAGUAUCGGGUCUAUUAAGAUGAGUCCUGGUAUCUUGCAAGUGGUAUAUCGUUCGAGUUGUCCUUUCUUGAAACUUAAGCUACUCUCUAGUGAAGAUGGAAAGGAACUUAAAUCUUUCAGACUAGAGUUGCACCCAGAAAAGAGUAUUGAGUUCGUGAAGCACUUAGAUGAGAAGGUCAUCAUCAAACAAGAAGAGGAGAAUCUCCAGAUUCUUGACGUUUUUGAGCAGGUGAGGACCUUGGAGAUUGUUGAUGCAAACCAUAACAGAUUUAUAGACGAUAUCUGCUUGUUGCAUGGAAGGCAAAUCUUUCUGACUUUUUCCGGAAGGAAAGUCAAUGUGUGGAACUGCGAGGGAAAGCUUAUUACUGAAUUUGAAGACCACGAUCUCUGGUACCCAAAGAAUAAUUUCAACAAGUACUACGUCAGUAGCGAUGGGGACGUAAUCAUAUCCUACUGCAUGCCAAAAGGAGACUUACGUCCUGCAGUCCAUUUCAGUAGCAUCCACACCGGGAAGCGCAUUGCUAAAGUUACUGCUAGCAAUCCCAGGCUCGAUAUCGACCCUACGGGAAGUGAUGAUGGUAAUUAUACCUUUAUUCAAAGCUUGAUGGCGGAGGCGCUUGAAAAUGUGACUGCCAUCUUCUAUGACGAGGAACAGGACAUUCUGUACACCGGCAACAAUAAAGGUUUGGUCCAUGCCUGGCACAGCUAGACAAAACACCAACUUUAGUUUAUUAUCAGGGUCAAAUAUCUGCCAUAUAUUAAUAAGCUUGUUGUUUGUAACUUCUUUAUGAUUAACUUAGACAUCAUAUCCUCUUUUAAUAAAGUUUCAGCAAGCAUUUUCAUUUA